AUGGCCUUGAGUAGACUGCCGGUGCCAGAGCCUCCCAUCUUCUUCGGAGAUCCGCUCCGAUUCCCAGACUGGCUUUCUUCUUUCUCUUCACUGAUUGAAAGCAACAACCUUCCCCCUGGAGAGAGAAUUCAUUACCUCAAACGUUAUCUGGGAGGACCAGCUAGAGAGGCAGUUAGCGGAUUCUUCCUAUUAAGGAGCGAGCACGCCUACCAGAAGGCCAAGGAGACUUUACAAACUCGAUUUGGAAAUCCCUUUGCAGUAUCUGAGGCCUUCAGGACAAAGCUAGACUCCUGGCCCAGGAUAGGCAACAGGGACGGUGGCAGUCUGAGAAAUCUGUCAGACUUCUUGAGACAGUGUGUGGUAGCUUCAGCCGAGAUCAGAGACCUUGAGAUCUUGAAUGAUAUGCGGGAGAUUAGGAAAAUUGGUGACAAACUGCCGGAUUGGCUACAGCACCGGUGGUAUCGAAGCAUCGUUAGAACAAAACGGGAAAGGGGUCGCUACCCCUCAUUUGAAGAGUUUGUUGACUUUGUGUCUGAAGAAGCUGACAUCCUGAAUGACCCCAUCGUAGUUUCUGUUGACAGCAAUAGAAAGCCGAAGGAUUUCAGCCAGAUAUCAGCAACUAGAACCAAGAAGCCUUUCGAGCCAAGAAGAAUGGUUAUGACCACAGAGAGCACCGCCGCAACCUCUACAACAGGAAUCACCUGCAUCUUCUGCAAACGACGUAGUCAUGCAACGUCAGAGUGCAGAGCCUUCGGUCGAAAACCGAUGUCAGAGCAACAGGACUUCGUGAAAGGGGAAAGACUUUGUUUCGGCUGCUUGCAGAGGGGUCACAUGUCGAGGAAUUGUCCCAGGAAGAGGGAAUGUAAUAGAUGUAGCAGGAAGCACCCGACAAGUCUACACGACGACACCAGGCUGCACUCGAGCAGCGACAAAACUGAGAAUCGUGCGGAGCCACCCAAGGCAAAGAACAGGAAUCCCGCGGAACCGCCCCGGACAAACGACUUGACCAGUAACGAGCCAUCUGCCAACGGCACAAGCCACGAGGUAUCUUCCUGUUCGGACCAGGCUAUAACCUCGAUGGUUGUUCCGGUCUACGUAUCCAGUCGAGAGGCCCCGGAUAAGGAAGUCCUUGUAUACGCUCUUCUGGACACAAUGUCGGAUACAACAUUUGUGCUCGACAGCAUUGCAGACGAGCUCCACACAUCCUCAGAGUCUGCUGUCCUGCGUCUAACAACGAUGUCUGAUCAAAACAGUAUCAUCAGGUGUCGGAGAUACAACAAUCUGACUGUACGAAGCUGCAACUCACGGGACAAGAUUCCUCUACCAUCGACAUUUACACGAGACUACAUUCCAUUGGAAAGGGACCAUAUUCCAACACCAGAAGUAGCACGCCAGUGGCCACACCUGCAUCACAUUGCAGAGUUGCUGACCCCAAAACAGACUUGUCCAAUUAGAUUGCUAAUAGGUUACAACUGCUCUCGUGCUCUGGCACCUGUAACGUGUAUAACUGGGAAGAAUGGUCAACCCUACGCUGUUGAGACAGUUUUAGGCUGGAGCGUAGUUGGCGGAACCAGACCUAGAGCCACAGAAGAAGCCUUUGAUGCGUUUGGACAGUCUCAUCGUGCCCAUACGAGAGUCGUACAGGACAACGUUGGCCACAUAGAGAAGACUAACGUCACCUACGUAUCGAAAAAUGAAGUUAGAAGUCACAACAGAGGAACUUCUGCAACUUAUGGAGAAAGACUUUAA